AUGGGCAAAAAUAGAAAGAGAUCCCGGAAGACCGAGCACAAGCCCGCGUCGCAGACCAGUAUCACCACAGGUCGUUUCAAAUCCUCCUACCCCAUUGCGCAAGACAGCCACACAACACACCCGGUGAUUUCCCUGUAUUACCGUCAAGUUCUCUCACUACGACAAUACCUCUUGAACCAGCUACCCACUACCUCUAAACUACGGCGAAGACGCAUCACAUCCUUGCGCUCCUCAUCCGAUCGCAGAGUCCUAAAGGAAUCAUCACCAACUGUCCAAUCUGAGCGCCAGAAAGAAUAUCGGGCCUCAACCCAGUCCCAAUCGCGGUCGGUCCUGGUCAGCACUGACACGGGGCCGACCUCUCCUCAAUCCGAAGUAGUCGAUUUUGUGAUCGGUCAGUUGUUCAAACGUCAUAAAAAGCCGGAACAUGUUCUGACUCAUGGAUUCCAACGUCCUUUUAUGGGAAAUAAUGCCAUCAAAAGUAAUAUUCCCGGAGUCGUGGUUCAAUUUCCAAAUGAGAAUGUUUCUACUCUGAAGGAAUCACCAUGGACGGAAGUCUUGAGUCUAUUGGGCCAGAAUGGGGAUGAAAUCAUGCUGCGACUGCUGUUUGACUGUGGAAUAUUUGCACCCAUAAAUGCCCACAAGGGUAGCUACUACCAAUUGAGUGGUCUUCCAAUCUCAACUCUUGAAAUCGUUCAUGAAUCCGGCGCUAGGCCCAAGGAGCCAGCCACAGCUGUAGAAGCCUCCCAAAAGAGCAAACGAGAUAAUCGCUCAAGUGAGGCUCGUCGUCCCAACAGCAUUAUCUUUCUGCGACGAAGUAUGCUCUAUAGUAGACAUGCAUCUUGGUCAAACGGGAAACUGCUCGUUGGCCUGGGCAAGAACCACGUUCUCAACCGGUUUGAAGACUUGAAUUCGGCAGCGCAAACCAUUCAUGUGACAAUGUACAUGUUUCCACGUCAAUUCAGUCUUCGUAAUGUGUUUAUCCCUCCUGAAGACGCCAAUGAACAAUUUACAAGCACUGGUAAUGCGCGUCGUGAAGAUGAGAUCUUUGCCGAUGACAAGGAUAGAAAGACCCCCAAACGGCUUCGAGGGCUAGCCACAGACCUGACUCAAAGGCUUCGAGUCCGUCAUUCUAGAUGCUCAUAUCAUGAAUUACUGAAACACUACUGUCCCACCGAGUCAAAUGGACCGUGGAAACUUGAAACGGUGGUAUCACCCACCGGCAGUCAAGAUAAAAACCAUAUUGAUUCAUCUAGUGGAAAUAUGAUCACUCAACUGCAGAUGAAGUCGCCUGAAUCAAAGCCCAUCGAUCCCAAAGUGAAUAAACUGGGAGCUGAGAGUCGAGUACAGGAACCCAAGGUUACCCUCACCGACCACGCCACCCCAGCUUCUUCAGUGUCAGCCUUCUGUCGAGCCGUUUUAUUGAAGUUGAUUCCUCCCAAGUUCUUUGGUGAAGGUCCAGAUGGUGUGCUCAACCGGAGCAUCAUAAUGAAGCACGUGGACUCCUUCAUCAAACUGCGUCGAUUUGAGAGUCUUAGUUUGCACGAGGUCUGCAAAGGGUUGAAGGUUGCCAGUAUUUCCUGGCUUGCCUCCCCAAACCUUUGUGAUUCGACCGGCAAAACCAAGGCCAAAAUGGCACUUUCUGAUUUCAAGAAACGCACGGAGAUACUUCAUGAAUUCGUGUAUUACAUCUUCGACUCAAUACUCAUUCCUCUCGUUCGAGCAAACUUCUACGUAACCGAGUCUCAGACGCAUCGCAACCGUCUCUUCUACUUCCGCCAUGAUGUAUGGCAACGUCUAACCAAGCAACCAUUGGCGGAUCUGAAGAAGAAAAUGUUCGAAGAAAUCGAAACAAGUCGAGCUCAGACUCUGCUCGCACGACGGUCCCUCGGGUUUGGCUCUUUGCGCCUGCUUCCCAAGUCCACGGGUAUCCGGCCGAUUCUCAACCUACGAAGACGAACACUGAAGGAAUUUCGGGGCGGGAAAAAGGGAACUUACCUUGCAGCAAGUAUCAACUCCAGUCUCAAUCCGAUCAAGGACAUGCUUUCGUAUGAGCGGAAACGAGCGCCGGAGAAGUUUGGCUCAUCACUACAAUUUGUUGGAGAUAUUCAUCUUCGAUUGCGCGACUUUAAGAAAAAGUUGAUGGCGCGUAUCUCUGGACCUAAACCCAGUCGUCUGCCUCAGCUAUUCUUUGUGAAGCUGGAUAUCCAAGGAUGUUUCGAUACCAUCCCCCAGAAACCACUCUUGGAGUUGAUAGAAGAGCUGGUGUCAGAAGCUACCUAUCACGUCGCCAAACAUGUGGAAAUGACUCCAUCUGCCUUCGACGCACGAGGUAAACCGAUGCGCAAAUACGUUGGACGUGCAGCGCCAAUUCUGAAGCAGCAGGCCAUAUCAAAAAUCAAGUCUGAGGAGGCGCAAGGCGGAAAAGCAAAGACAGUUUACAUUGACACCAUUAAUCAAAAACUCCAGAGCGCCGAUGAUCUUCUUGACCUUCUUCACGAGCAUGUGCGCAACAACCUUGUCAAGAUGGGCAAGACAUACCUCCGUCAACGGAGUGGUAUUCCACAAGGAUCCGUUCUAUCCAAUCUCCUUUGCAACUUUUUCUACGCCCAACUCGAAGAGGAAAAGCUAGGCUUCCUGCGCCCCGAUGACUCCGUACUUCUACGACUUGUCGACGACUUUCUACUCGUCACAACAGACGUGAACCAAGCCAUGGAAUUCCUCCAAGUGAUGAUCCCUGGACUACCAUCCUACGGCGUGUCAGUCAACUCAACCAAGAGUUUAGCAAAUUUCACCGCCGCAGUAAACGGAACUCACAUUCCUCGACUGGAGGGAUCCUCACUUUUCCCAUACUGCGGUAUGCUCAUCGACACGCACACGCUAGAAAUCAAUCGCGACCACAAUCGCCUCUUAGAAGGCGGUGAUUCUGCAGCGGCGACAAUAUCAGAUACAUUAACCGUUGAGACAAGUCAUAAUGCCGGACGAGUAUUCCGUCGCAAGGUACUCGGACCAUUCCGUCUUCAAAUCCACCCGAUGUAUCUCGACGAUGCGCAUAAUUCCCGUGCUGUGGUUCUUGUAAAUUUGCAUACCAGUUUCAUCACGGCCGCUAUGAAAAUGUACCGAUACAUGAGAUCUCUCCGUGGUCGUAACCACCCUACAACAUCUAUCAUCACGCAAACCAUCCAUGAUCUGAUUCGUCAGACUUUCACUGUUAUCCAUGUUCGACGAUGUUCAACUUCGGCACCCGUGUCAUGUUUUGUUCAGCUGCGCCAUAUUCAGUUUGUGGCUGCUGCGGCAUUUCGGUUUGUGUUGAACCGCAAACAAACUCGGUAUGCAGCUGUGUUGAAGUGGUUGGAUACAUUAGGAAGGGAAUCACGGCCCACGUCAAAUGCGGAAGCCCUCCGGUUCCAACAAGUUGUUAAGACGGGGAAUGCUUUUUUUACAGAAUGGAGAUUUUAA